CAAUUCCUUGCAGUGCCCCGUACAUUCCCGCGCACGCACAUGUAACAAAUCCUCGUCUCAACUACAACUUUGGUGCCAAAAUUACUGUGACGUGUAAUGCCACUUCUGAUACCUUCAACCUUCAGUGUCAUAACAAAGGACUAUGGAGUGGACCGAUUGUAUCCUGCCCUGAAUCGACGGCUGUUCCGACGAACUGUAAUGCUCCUUCAGUCCCGAGAUACUCAACGCUCGAAACCCUUAGUCCGCACUAUAACAUUGGUGACAGUGUGACAUUCCGAUGUGACAAUACCACCAUUCAACCGUUCAGUCUUCUUUGUGAAACCACUGGGUUAUGGAGUGGAACAAUGCAGACGUGCCCGCCACCCGUCUCAGCCCCUACACGAUGCACUAGUCCAUAUAUCCCAAAGUAUGCAUCAGCUGCAAACGUACGUUUGUCCUACAGCAUCGGUAAGAGGGUAGAAAUCACCUGUGACGGCACAACAGACAGGUCGUUUACCCUUCAGUGCAACUCAGAUGGGUUUUGGACGGGACGUGUCCUUUCUUGCUCACCGCCGUCAGAAGCUGUUCCGACGAACUGUAAUGCUCCUUCAGUCCCGAGAUACUCAACGCUCGAAACCCUUAGUCCGCACUAUAACAUUGGUGACAGUGUGACAUUCCGAUGUGACAAUACCACCAUUCAACCGUUCAGUCUUCUUUGUGAAACCACUGGGUUAUGGAGUGGAACAAUGCAGACGUGCCCGCCACCCGUCUCAGCCCCUACACGAUGCACUAGUCCAUAUAUCCCAAAGUAUGCAUCAGCUGCAAACGUACGUUUGUCCUACAGCAUCGGUAAGAGGGUAGAAAUCACCUGUGACGGCACAACAGACAGGUCGUUUACCCUUCAGUGCAACUCAGAUGGGUUUUGGACGGGACGUGUCCUUUCUUGCUCACCGCCGUCAGAAGCUGUUCCGACGAACUGUAAUGCUCCUUCAGUCCCGAGAUACUCAACGCUCGAAACCCUUAGUCCGCACUAUAACAUUGGUGACAGUGUGACAUUCCGAUGUGACAAUACCACCAUUCAACCGUUCAGUCUUCUUUGUGAAACCACUGGGUUAUGGAGUGGAACAAUGCAGACGUGCCCGCCACCCGUCUCAGCCCCUACACGAUGCACUAGUCCAUAUAUCCCAAAGUAUGCAUCAGCUGCAAACGUACGUUUGUCCUACAGCAUCGGUAAGAGGGUAGAAAUCACCUGUGACGGCACAACAGACAGGUCGUUUACCCUUCAGUGCAACUCAGAUGGGUUUUGGACGGGACGUGUCCUUUCUUGCUCACCGCCGUCAGAAGCUGUUCCGACGAACUGUAAUGCUCCUUCAGUCCCGAGAUACUCAACGCUCGAAACCCUUAGUCCGCACUAUAACAUUGGUGACAGUGUGACAUUCCGAUGUGACAAUACCACCAUUCAACCGUUCAGUCUUCUUUGUGAAACCACUGGGUUAUGGAGUGGAACAAUGCAGACGUGCCCGCCACCCGUCUCAGCCCCUACACGAUGCACUAGUCCAUAUAUCCCAAAGUAUGCAUCAGCUGCAAACGUACGUUUGUCCUACAGCAUCGGUAAGAGGGUAGAAAUCACCUGUGACGGCACAACAGACAGGUCGUUUACCCUUCAGUGCAACUCAGAUGGGUUUUGGACGGGACGUGUCCUUUCUUGCUCACCGCCGUCAGAAGCUGUUCCGACGAACUGUAAUGCUCCUUCAGUCCCGAGAUACUCAACGCUCGAAACCCUUAGUCCGCACUAUAACAUUGGUGACAGUGUGACAUUCCGAUGUGACAAUACCACCAUUCAACCGUUCAGUCUUCUUUGUGAAACCACUGGGUUAUGGAGUGGAACAAUGCAGACGUGCCCGCCACCCGUCUCAGCCCCUACACGAUGCACUAGUCCAUAUAUCCCAAAGUAUGCAUCAGCUGCAAACGUACGUUUGUCCUACAGCAUCGGUAAGAGGGUAGAAAUCACCUGUGACGGCACAACAGACAGGUCGUUUACCCUUCAGUGCAACUCAGAUGGGUUUUGGACGGGACGUGUCCUUUCUUGCUCACCGCCGUCAGAAGCUGUUCCGACGAACUGUAAUGCUCCUUCAGUCCCGAGAUACUCAACGCUCGAAACCCUUAGUCCGCACUAUAACAUUGGUGACAGUGUGACAUUCCGAUGUGACAAUACCACCAUUCAACCGUUCAGUCUUCUUUGUGAAACCACUGGGUUAUGGAGUGGAACAAUGCAGACGUGCCCGCCACCCGUCUCAGCCCCUACACGAUGCACUAGUCCAUAUAUCCCAAAGUAUGCAUCAGCUGAAAACGUACGUUUGUCCUACAGCAUCGGUAAGAGGGUAGAAAUCACCUGUGACGGCACAACAGACAGGUCGUUUACCCUUCAGUGCAACUCAGAUGGGUUUUGGACGGGACGUCUCCUUUCUUGCUCACCGCCGUCAGAAGCUGUUCCGACGAACUGUAAUGCUCCUUCAGUCCCGAGAUACUCAACGCUCGAAACCCUUAGUCCGCACUAUAACAUUGGUGACAGUGUGACAUUCCGAUGUGACAAUACCACCAUUCAACCGUUCAGUCUUCUUUGUGAAACCACUGGGUUAUGGAGUGGAACAAUGCAGACGUGCCCGCCACCCGUCUCAGCCCCUACACGAUGCACUAGUCCAUAUAUCCCAAAGUAUGCAUCAGCUGCAAACGUACGUUUGUCCUACAGCAUCGGUAAGAGGGUAGAAAUCACCUGUGACGGCACAACAGACAGGUCGUUUACCCUUCAGUGCAACUCAGAUGGGUUUUGGACGGGACGUGUCCUUUCUUGCUCACCGCCGUCAGAAGGUUCCAUACCUUGUAGUGCUCCUUAUGUUCCUCCCCAUUCCACGGUGCAAGAUCUCCGUCUGAAUUACAACUUCACAGACAAAGUGAAUGUGACGUGUGAUGCCAGUGGUUCUACCUUCACCCUUCAGUGUCACAACAAAGGAUUAUGGAGCGGACCCGUUGUAUCCUGUCCACCGCCCGCCCUGCCCGAACCCCCCGCUGCAGUUGCUACUGGCAAAGCCCAAUGCAGUGCCCCGGCGGUGCCUCUUGACUCACACAUUCAGAAUCUUCGUCUUUCCUACAAACAUCGUGACAUGAUAAAUGUGACAUGUAACGAAGUGACUAACGGGGUUCCUGAAUGGUUCGAAUUGUCAUGUCUCAACGGAAUUUGGAACGGACAAAAUAUAGUCUGCCCUGACCCCGUGAAAGAAUGCAACCAACCAAUCCUACCAGCUGAUUCAUCGGUUAAAACGAUAAGGGCUCGAUACAAGAUUGGUGACAAUAUCAACAUCACAUGUAACAGUGCGUUGGUUUCGUUCGUUUGGAUAUGCGAAAAGGAUGGUCUGUGGCGCGGUGCGGUCGCUUCGUGCCCAGAUUCACAACCACCUAAUGGCGGUGCUGCAGCAGGGAGAUUUGGAAAUAAAGAACCCCAGGAGAAGCAAAAUGGACGAAAUGUCUUCAUCACAGGCCUUCUAGUAGCAGCAGUGAUAAUGUUCAUUCUAGUCCUGAUGUCCAUGGUAGCCUUCUCGAUCUCCGUUAAAGGACGGAGCUUUGGACCAUCGAAACAUUCCUUACAAGAUGAGAGAACUGACCGAGGACCACUCCCCGAGGUUCCUGUAGGGUACGCGGAUUACCUUGUAGGUGAUAAGUCACUGUACACUGCACCAUACUUGAAACCAGACGAGAUUCACCAUAGCUAUGAGACCUACGAGAAACCAAUUUAACGUCACCUGACUCUUCUCUUCAUACUAAAUGAACCAACAAUGAACAGAACUUUUAAGUGCAAAUUUGUAUGAUUUACUACUUAUUAAAUUUUAGUUUUAGAGCAUGCUCUUGUUUGAAACAAAUACUCAAUUACCCCUUGGUCUCUAUUGCGUAAGGGUCAUGAAUGUGAAAAGUAAUAUCAAAUAUCUUCGCAAUUUACAUUGCAAAAGUGAAGUUUCUUACUUUUUAUUUCAUGCUACUAACACUAACCGAAAUGAACCGAACGGAAGAAUGAAACAAAUAUAUUCAUUUUAUUUACCAUACACUUGCAUAAAGUCAUAUUUUCCCUGAUGAUUAGCUGAAUACGUGACUACGUACAAUCUCCCUUGACCUGCCUGUCAAUCUUGUGUAAUGAUAAUAAACCAACCCCUCAAAAAAAUUAGAAACUCAAGUUUGAUCAUGUAUAUCUCUCUUGUCAUGGCAUAGUAACGUUUACGUUUAUGAUUAUUAGAAAGUAGUUUUAUUUUUGGUUAACGAUACCCUAUUAGUUUUUAUUUGUUCUAGUCAUGAAAUGUGUACUAGAUGUAAAUAAUGCCGCGGUCAAAAGUAAAAAUAUUGCGAAAUUAACUUUUCUUCUUCUUAAUAAUAAUAAUAAUAAUAAUAGUGGGUUCUUGUAUAGCGCCUUUCCAACAGUUGUCAACCUAGGUGUUAUGUUUUAAGUUGGCAUGACACCAAUAGUGCAUGGAUUUCAAUAUCAUUUCCAUUCCUAUGUUGCAUUGAUCAAGCUUCCGAUAAUUUAUAUUAAUCAGUUUAAUUUGAAUAUUUAACAAGAGUGUAUGAAAGCGUUACACAUUUACACAGAUAAGAUAUUAAAUGUAUUUCCCGUAUUGCCUUUAUGUAAUGAUGAAACGGUUACACAUCUAAUCAGAAAGCAGUAAACGAUUCUUAAAAAGUACAAAUUCUCAAGAUGCAAUGAGAGAACAUAUCUUAUUUCUCAGGAUAUAUGAUUUUCAUUCGGGUGUUAAUUUCUCAAUUUUCAGCUUCCUUCCAGCACUUGACCAUUUAUCUGAAUACCUGGGUUAUAACUGCAAAUUUAAGAUAUUAUAACUUGUUGAUGUUAUAUGGAAUAUCACUUUGAUAUGCAGAAAAUACCAUUCAUUAAAUGAUGUUGGAUUGAGGUCACACACGGAUGUAUUCAUCCGAUUGGUUUUUGUUUGUCGCCACGAAAUCUGUGAAUUUAUAAUAUUUUGCAUUCUUGAUUGUUUAAUGGUUUUCUAAUUUCGGAGUCUAAACGAAAUUUUAUUUCGAAUUCGUUUAGGAUUAUUGAAUAAAGAGUAUGAUACUUAAACGAAGUUACAUGUUCACCUUUAAAUCUACAUUUUGAUACUAGCAAUACAUUCGUAAUGGUUCUCGUAACCCUCUUUUAUUACAAUUUGGUACCUAUUUUCUUAGUAUCCAGGUUGGGGUUACUUUUUUCUGUCCCCUUCUUUCAUUUUAUUAUUUGACUUUAUUUCAUUUUAAUUUACCUUUUUUUAAGGGGGGGGGAACUCGGUAUCUUUAUUUUUUAUUACUCGAUCUCUUUCUUCUAAAAACAUAUGGAAUCAAAAUCCAUUAAAAGUAUGUCGUAGUUCCACAACAUAAAGAGUGCAUACAGCAAAGUAAUUUGUUGAUGAAAUUAAGAGCCUGAUACCGAUAUCAAUGUCGAAAGCUUAACACCGCAGUGGCACCGUGACAUCGCCACACAGACUUGAUUUCACGACGAUCAUUUAAAAAUAGUACUUCAAAAAAUAUGAUAUCAUCAAAAGCACAAAAUAAAUUUACACAAAAGAAUGUAUGAAUCACAAAGUAAAGGACCUGAUUCUCAUAUUCUUUAUUUGAUUGUCAGACAAUACAUUGGCGUCGUUCGUGCGUUGACUGUUUUGCUGGUAAAACACUAAAACCGAACUGAAAAUCCACAUUUGCUUAAUCCCUAGGGGCUAGUGUUAGUGAAUAGGACAUGUGUACGUAAAAUGUUAACACCAGCCACAAAGUUCGGUAAU